GCUAGUGUUGCAUUUAAUAUAUUCACUACACGUGUUUAACGUAUAAGUGUAAAUCUGUGUAAAUCUUUACGUUAUUAUAUUGAUAAAAAAAGAAAUUAACACGAUGAAGAGAAAGCAACGAGAAGAUGAGGAUAAAGGAAAUGAGUCAAAAAAGAUAAUGCUAGAGCCUGAUGCUAAAAAGGUCAAGUGGAAGAACAGGCAACGAGUAUUGGUGUUCGCUACUCGAGGCAUCAGUUACAGACAUCGUCAUCUUAUGGAAGAUGUGAAAAUAUUGAUGCCACAUCACCGUCCGGAGAAUAAAAUGGAACGUACUAAGAAUUUGCAAGUAAUAAACGAGAUGUGCGAGAUGAAACAUUGCAACAAGGCUUUGCUGUUUGAGGGACGGAAAAAACGCGAUCUUUACGUAUGGUGUUCUAACAUAGCGAGUGGCCCAAGUGCAAAAUUUCUUGUGGAAAAUAUUUAUACAAUGGGAGAACUGAAAAUGACAGGAAACUGUUUAAGGGGAUCUCGGCCGUUAUUGUCAUUUGAUGAAACUUUUAACAAGCACAUGCAUUAUAUUCUCUUGAAGGAGUUAUUAACACAGAUCUUUGGUGUGCCAAAUCAUCACCCUAAAAGUCAGCCCUUUUUUGAUCACGUGUAUACUUUUAAUAUCUUGGAUAACAGAAUAUGGUUUCGAAAUUUUCAAAUUCUAAAUGAAGAAGGUGGGUUGGCAGAAAUUGGACCAAGAUUUGUUCUAAAUCCGGUCAAGAUAUUUGCUGGAAGUUUCACUGGUGAAACUUUGUGGGAGAAUCCACAUUACAUUUCGCCCGCUAAGUAUCGGCAAUCAUUGGAAAAGAAAGCUGCUAAUAAGUAUACAAACAAAGUGGAACAGCAAAUGGUGCGACACGCAACCAAAUCUGAAGAGACUUACGAUCUUAAUCCUAUAGAUGAGUUAUUUAAAGGGGAUAUAAAGGAAAAGGUAGCAGAACUAGAGGAAAAGUUAGAAACAUGGGAAAAGAGAAGAAACACAGACGAGCAGAAUAAAAAAGUCAAGAAAAAAAUAAAGAAGACAUCUGUAAUAGCUAAACCAGUUCAAAAAGUGAAAUUCGCAAAAUCAAAAGCUCUGAAAAAAAAGAAAGUAAAAUAAGUGUAUUACUUAAUUAAUUUAAUUAAUUGAUGUGAGAGAACAAA